UUUUUUUCUCUAAAUAUAUAAAAUGGAUUCUGACAAAAUCUCUCGUAGAUCUGCAUCCAUCAUUUCACCUAAAAUCCAUCCAUCCCCUUUUUUUAUAAGAACACCUAUUAAUAAUCAUGCUUCAGCAAGAUAUUCUGCUCCUAAUUUUGGUAAAAUAAUGAUUGGAAAUCAAUCUCCUUCUUGUUCAUCGAUUAGAAGUAAUCCUUUAACAAGUGUUCCUGCUGUACCAUCCAUACCAGGCCAUCUUUUACAUCACCAGCAACAACAGCAACAACAGCAACAACAACGAUCUUCCAAUAAUAAUAGUAUCAUUUUGCCUGGUAGUUAUCCUUCUAGUGUCAUGUCUCCUCGUCAACAUUCAUCCUAUCAAACAGCUGGUUAUGGUACAAGAAGGAAACAAGUUCCAUUAUUUCAGGGUAAUCUGGUAUUGGAAUGUCCUGUUCCUACUCAAUUAUUAGAUCAAAGUGCACGCAAAGAAAAAGAAUUCAAUCAAAUGAGAUAUACAGCUGUAACUUGUCAACCUGAUGAUUUUCCUGCUGCAGGAUAUACAUUAAGACCUCGUUUGAUGAAUAGACAAACUGAAUUAUUUAUCGUUAUGACCAUGUAUAACGAAGAUGAGGUCUUAUUUUGUAGAACAAUGCAUGGUGUGAUGAAAAAUGUAGCACAUUUAUGUUCAAGAACAAAGUCAGCAGUAUGGGAUACAGAAGGUUGGAAAAAAGUAGUAGUUUGUGUAGUAGCAGAUGGUCGUAAAAAAUGUGAUCCAAGAGUAUUAGAUGUCUUGACAACCAUGGGGGUAUUUCAAAAAGGAAUUGCAAAGAAUAUGGUGCAUGAUAAACCUGUUCAGGCACAUUUAUUUGAGUAUACAACUCAAGUAUCUGUUGACUCCGAUCUCAAAAUAAAAGGUGCUGAUAGAGGAAUUGUACCAGUUCAAAUCCUUUUUUGUCUCAAAGAACAAAACGCCAAAAAAAUCAAUUCUCACCGUUGGUUUUUCAAUGCUUUUGGUCCCAUCUUACAACCCAAUAUUUGUGUUUUAUUAGACGUUGGCACAAGACCUGGUAAUAGUUCUAUUUAUCAUUUAUGGAAAACUUUUCAUCGUCAAGCUAAUGUUGGUGGUGCUUGUGGUGAAGUUUGUGUUAUGAAGGGCAAGGCAUAUAUGGAUCUUCUUAAUCCUUUAGUAGCUGGUCAAAACUUUGAAUACAAGAUGUCGAAUAUAUUAGAUAAACCUUUAGAAUCAGUGUUUGGUUAUAUAUCUGUACUUCCUGGUGCGUUUUCAGCUUAUCGAUAUGCAGCUAUACAAAAUGAUUGUUAUGGUGUGGGACCUUUACAAAAGUAUUUUAUGGGAGAUACGCAUGGAGCUGAACCACGACAACAACCUGGAGGAGAAUAUGAUAUCUUCACUGCAAAUAUGUAUCUGGCUGAAGAUCGUAUUUUAUGUUUCGAACUUUUGGCCAAAAAACAUGAAAAUUGGGUACUCAAAUAUGUCAAAUCUGCUUAUGGUGAAACCGAUUGUCCUGAUCAAUUAUCUGAAUUCAUCUCUCAACGUCGUCGAUGGUUAAAUGGAUCCUUUUUUGCAGCUGUUUAUUCUAUCUAUCAUUUUCCAAGGAUUUGGAGUACAGAUCAUACCAUUUGGCGCAAGAUAUUACUGACGACAGAAUUUAUCUUCAAUUUUUUCAAUUUAUUAUUCAGUUGGUUAGGCAUGGCAAAUUUUUAUCUUACCUUUUACUUUGUAACAAAAUCAGUGGCUUCUGAAAAAAGUGAUCCUUUUGGUGAUGGCUGGGGUAGUCGUAUCUUUGAAAUGUUACGAUAUCUAUAUAUAUUUUUAUUCAUAGUAUCUUUUAUCUGCUCUAUGGGAAAUCGGCCUCAAGGCUCCAAAUGGAUGUUUACAAUCUCUGUAUUAGCUUACGCUAUUAUCAUGAUAUACACCUUAUUUUCUGGUGUUUGGUUAUCUUAUCAAAGUGUGCUGGAUGCAAUGCAAACAAAUGAAUGGAAUGAAAAAGGCUGGACUGCACAUUUUUCCCUAUUGAUGGCUGAACCUGGUUUUCGUAGUGUAUUGAUAUCAGCAAUUUCGACCUAUGGACUUUAUAUUGUGUCAAGUAUACUUCAUCUUGAUCCUUGGCAUAUGAUUACAAGUUUUAUUCAGUAUCUUCUUCUUUUACCUACCUAUGUCAAUAUACUUACUGUUUAUGCUUUUUGUAACACACAUGAUGUUAGUUGGGGAACAAAAGGGGAUAAUACUUUACCAAUGGAUUUGGGUGUGGCCAGUAAAGUGACAACUGAAAAGGGAUUCGAUACAGUGGAAAUGGAUAUAGUAGAUGGAUUGGAAAUGAUCAACAUGAAUUAUGAUCAUGCUCGGUCAAAUUUGGAAACUAAACAGAAUACUGUGAAACAGAGUCGCCCCCCUCAAACCAAACAAGAUGAUUAUUAUCGUGGAUUUAGGACAAGAUUGGUUUUGACAUGGAUUGGUUGUAAUGCUCUUUUGGUUGCUUUUGUGACAAGUGGAAGUUUCCAAUCUUUACUUCCUAAUAGCCAUCAAAGAAAAACACCAGCCGAGUAUGAAAAUGAUAUGGCUAUUGCUUAUACUGGAUUUGUCUUAUGGGUCGUCGCUGGUAUUUCUGGUUUUAGAUUUAUUGGUAGUUUCGUUUAUCUUCUACUUCUUUGCUUUGAACGUUAGUAGUUUAUUAUUAUCAUCAUCAAAUAAAACUUUUCAAGUAUGCUGAUGUCGGGGUGCCAAAUGAUCAUUUUGGGU